GUGAAGGGCAGGUUCAGCCGAGCCGAGAGCAUCAUCCGUCUCGAGGGGCACGGGGUCGUGAUCGGCGUUCGACACCAUCUUCGGGCCGUCUCGCAGCGGGGGCGCAAGCUGCUUGUGCUGUGCGACAGCCUGGGCCUCGUCCUGGCCCUGGGGAAGGGCCGGGCGGCCGCUCCCCGCGUGAACAAGACGUGCCGCGAGGCCGCCGCGUUAAGCAUAUUCGGGGACUUGUCGGUGACCGUCUGGUGGAUCCCCACGGAGCUCAACCUUGCCGCUCGUCCGUCCCGCACGGCUGGCACUUCGGCUCGAGGCCCGCGGGCCGACCCUCGGAGCGCCAGUUUCGACCCCGCCGCGGCGGCCCCCUUCGACGCGGCUGCGGCUUUGGACGCAGCGGUCAACGAGGCGUUGCUGGGCGGCGAGCUCGACUGGCUGGGGCGGCCUCAGGCUGGCGCGGUCGGGCUCGGGGACACCUUUCUGGAAGGCCCUCGGCCUGGCGGCGCGGCCCGUCUGCAUGCUGAAGCGGAGGGCGGCGUCGACGGCCUUGCCGCUCGCGUCGCCCGCGGGGAGCUCGCGGCCUGGGGCGGCUUGCCGGCUUCAGAGACCAGCAGCAGUUCGAGUUCCGACGCCGGCUCUGAGGGCAGCGAGCGCCGCUGGCGCGGCUGCCGGGCGGCCGCCGGGCGCUCGGGCACGCUCAGCCGCGAGGUCGGGGCGUGCAGAGAGUGGUGCCAGGCGCGGCGCAGGGGCGUGAGCUCCCGGGCGGCGCUCGACGACGCGCUCGUGGAGUACCUGGACUGCCUCUACUUCGACGGCUACAACCACGAGAGGGGCGACGAGCUGCUGUCGGGGCUGGCGUUCGAGGAGCCGAAGUUCAGGCGCGGCGGGGAGGGGAAGUUGGCGCGGGCCCGCGCGGCCCUCCAGGGCUUCCGCCGCCUGGCGCCUGGGCAGGCAAGGAUGCCGCUGCCCCGGCCCGAGUUCGCCGCGCUGCUGGGGGCGGGGGUCGUGGCGCUGGGCCUGGACUUCGGGCUCGGCCUGGCGAUCGCGUGGGACGGGGGGCUGCGCCUGCCGAGCGACAUCAUGGGCCUCCAGGGGCGGUCGCUCAUCCCUCCACCCCCGCACUCAGGGAUCAAGAACUGGGGCCUGUUGCUGUGCCCCGCCGAGGCCGUGGCGAGAAGCAAGACGGGGCACAAGGGCGAGGGGCUGUUGCUCGACGGCGUCUUCACGGCGGGCAUCGAGGCGCAGCUCUGGCGGCUGAAGAAGGCGGCGGGGGAGACCGGUUGCCGGUGGAACUUCACCGCCGCAGAGUUCAGGGUGGGCUUCGAGCGGGCGGCUGCCAUGACAGGGCGGCCGCCCCUUCGUCCGUGCCAAGUGAGGCACGGCGCGGCCAGCGACGACGCGUUGUACCACAGGCGGACCCUCGCCGAGAUCCAGGAGCGCCUCCGACACUCCCACCCGAAAAGCACGCUGAGGUACGAGAAGCACACCCGGUACCUCGCCGAGCUCGGCAAGGCGCUGCCACGCGUGCAGGCGUACGGCGAGGCGGUGGAGGCGCAGGCCGCGGCC